UAUGUUAUGCAACACGAUAACAUUUCGAUUUCUUCUGACAACAAGUUAUUUAUGAUUUACAUUGACGGACUAAAAUGCUCUUAGUAUUUUUAAAUUUAGUUUUUAUGUUAGUUAUAUUGAAUAGCAACGCGGCACGCAUAAAUGAAGAAAUAAAUAAUUACUUUAAACAUCCUGACAGGGGAUUAUUACAAGCCACGUGGCAGAAAUACAAGAGGGGCUUUGAAACUACUUUGGAACAGAUGCUUCAAGAAAAUUACGAUGGCCAAGGCGUGAAUAUUUUCAAGAGAAGGGUGAAUGACUUUUAUGAAUUAACUGAGGGAUUCAUGACAGUCGGCGACCCAGAGCUAAGUGUUAUUUUUCGAAACCUUUACCUCAUGGAGUUGCCCAAGAUGCGCUCACCUAAAGUCCUGUUUACAUUGGGCUCCAACCUCUUGAAGGUGGACGCUGAGCUGUUGAAUGUCAAGGUCCUGGCCAAGUACAUUGUGUACAGAAACGACACUGCUACUGUUUACGCGAGCCACAGUGAUAUGAAUAGGGUGUCGCCUUUCAGCUUACACCAAGUUCAUCCUACUGGUGAAGUCACAAUAAUAGGAGAAGAGUGCAGGUUGACAGGUCACGCGAUAGCUACGCUGAGUGACCAGUCUGUGAAUCUGGGCCACAACACUUUCGGUCUCACUGACUGUAAAUUUAACUUAGAGAUUUAUACUCCUGGUGAAAAUACUCCACCGGUUUUCGCACGAUAUUUUAACGACUGUGAUCGCAAUUUCCUCCAAAACCUAAUAUCGAAGCCACUCCAAGAGGAGCUUGUAUCAAAAUUGCAAGGAGGGAUAUUCAGCUAUGUCAACACUUCAGAGAUUUUUGGAGAAGACUUGCCUGUGUACAGAGCUCGUCAAAUAGACCAGUUCAAAAAUGUAAACAAAUAUAUGACUUCGGUGAUAACAAAUUUAAACGCAAGGGCCGCUUUAAAAACUUCCGGUAUAGACGACUUACACAUGAAGGUUAUCGGAUGGACUGAAACGCUUGGUACAGAAACUCAUAAAAAAACUGUGGCGAUUUCAAACGUCACUCUUUACGGUCUAGACACAGCCUACUCUGCACACACCGGCGGCCCGAUUGAACUACACGGACAAAUAUAUGUAGAAGAUACAAUAGGAUAUAACACUUUAUUGGUUCAAGGGCGAUUAAUUUACCAAAAUUUCCUCUCUCCUGAUGCUCCUCCAAAAGAAGUAAUAAACAAAUUCUCAGCGGAAAUACAUGAUCUAACGGUGGUGACGAGGAUAGCCGUUGGAGACGAUGGGUUGAAAGCUGCAAACGCUGAUAGUGUUAAUAAGGAUAAACGCUCCUGGUUUGCGCCAAGAAUCAGGAAUUUCGAGCUGAACCUUUUCGAAAUUAGUGAGAUAUGGGCUCGGUCGUUCGUAACAUCAUUCUUAAAUACUGAAAUAUACACGGCCGUAAUAGGGUCAUUACUUUCUGGACAAUUAAAUAUAGCACUGAAAGCAACAGCCGAUGGAGCCGAAGAAUCAGUGGUACCACAUACUGAUAAUUCAAGAAAAUUAAAACAACCAGACAGCAGUGCUGAAAUUUCCGAAGAAAGGAAGACAAUAGAAUCAAUUGCUGAUGCUAAAGACGGCGAUGGUCAUCCUGAUUUGGAUGAAUCCAAGCAAGUUUCUGACGAAGAACGUAUGGUGCUGUGGCGAACCAAGAAAUCAGAAGAUGUUGUUUUAUCAUUAAGUAAAGAUAAAGUGCGUGUACAUAAGGGAGAUGAUAUUUUGUUUGAAGCAAACCGUGAGUCUGAAAAUGAAGUUAAUACAAAUUAAAUGUCUGUUU